CCCCCCUCAACCAUUCAAACCUCCAACACAAUCCAAACAAAAAACGUACCAUCAGAUCAAAAUGAGCAAACAAUCCAUUUUCAGCUUUCUCUUCCUCUCCCACCUCCUCUUCAACCUCUCAAUUGCCAAUGCCGCAGUGAUCAGAAGAGGCUCAGGUUUUGCCUCGACCCGUGGGACCCGUUUCAUAAUGAACGGUCGCCCGUUCUACGCUAAUGGCUUCAACGCUUACUGGAUGAUGUACGCGGCGGGCGACCCAUCGACGAGGCAUCAGGUGUCUGACGCGUUUAACCAAGCCACCAGUCAUGGGCUGAAUGUUGUUAGGACUUGGGCUUUUAGUGAUGGUGGUUAUAGGGCUCUUCAGAUAUCCCCUGGCAAAUAUGAUGAGAGCAUGUUCAAGGCUCUAGAUUUUGUGAUUUCUGAGGCCAAGAGGAACGGUGUGCAUCUAAUACUAAGUUUGGUAAAUAACUGGGAGGGGUAUGGAGGAAAGAAGCAGUAUGUGCAGUGGGCGAGGAAUCAAGGGCAGCAGUUGAACUCUGAUGAUGAUUUCUUCAGGCAUCCUCUCACCAAGCAAUUCUACAAAAACCAUGUCAAGGCUGUUCUCACAAGGAUGAACUCGAUAACGGGUGUAAUGUACAAGGACGAUCCUACCAUAUUCGCAUGGGAGCUCAUGAACGAACCCCGUUGUCAGAGUGACAAUUCUGGUGCAACUCUGCAGAAUUGGAUAUCUGAAAUGGCUGGUUAUGUGAAAUCGAUCGAUGGUAAUCAUAUGCUUGAGGCUGGGCUAGAGGGAUUCUAUGGCGAAUCGAGGCCUGAUAGGAAACAGUUCAAUCCUGGUUAUGAAGUUGGGUCUGAUUUUAUUGCCAAUAAUCAGAUUCCUCAUAUCGAUUUCGCUACCAUUCAUAUCUACCCUGAUCAAUGGAUCAACGGGGCAGACGACAAGGCGCAAACCGCAUUCCUACAGAGUUGGAUCACGUCGCAUACACAAGACGCAGGCUCCAUUGGAAAACCACUCCUCGUUACAGAGUUCGGAAGAUCAACCAAACAAUUCAACACGAACCAAAGAAAUGCCUACUAUUGGACCGCAUACAACACCAUCUACGCUUCUGCCCGAGUUGGAGGCCCAUUAACUGGUGGGCUUUUCUGGCAGUUGCUAGGUCCAGGGAUGGAUAACUUUAGAGAUGGAUAUGAGGUGGUUUUCCAAGAAUGCCCCUCAACUGCUGUCAUAAUUUCACAGCAGUCCCGCAGGAUGGCGAGCCUGAACAGCUAACUUUAUCAGAACAACUGCAUACAACAGGGCGAUCUGUGCCAUUCACGACUCACAAGGUUGAUAAGAUUGGAUAAUAAGGGAGAAUAUGUAUACUGGCUCAUAGAAGCUCUUUUCUUUUUGUUUCUUUGAUUAAUGGGGUGAUUUGGGUUCACCUAUUUGAA